GCCAUUUAAAGGGGAACUCCGCGGGAGCUGCUAGGCGUAGUCUGAGGAAGGGUGGGCAGUACUCCUGCAGAUCCUGUUGUCGUGGCGUCGCCUGGGAGCUGGGAGCCCGAGGUAGGCGGGCGAGCUGAAGAGGCGGAGAGAGAGGGGACGAGGAGGACCCUGGGAGGAGCAUGAGCUGUCUCGGGCGCAGUUUGUUUCCCGCAGCUGGGCCUAGACUUGGCUGGGUGGGCACUGUGGGAUCUAAAACUUCAUUGAAUUUGGGGCAGCAGCAAUUCAAAUCUCAGUGAAACAAGGCUACUAUGCAAGAUGUCAGUGGACAAUCCAGUGCUCAACUGGGAUGUUUCACCAAAAAAUGGUCUGGAUGUUUUUUUCUCACGAGAAAAAUAUGAAGAAUAUUCUUUGACUCCUACUCUAAAGGAACUCCUUAUUUUGUCCAAAAGACCUAUAGGAGAAAAUUUGGAUGCAUCAGCAAACCCUGUGGAAAAUGAACCAACGGUUAAUUCAGUAGCUGAAGCAAAUGAGGAUGUUAAAACCACAAUAGAAAUUGUUCCUUUCCCAGAACCAAGAACUCCUUAUCCUUAUUUUUCUCGGUUCUCAGAGAGAGAACAGAAAUGUUAUGUGGAUUUACAAAACAAAUAUUCAAAAAAGUCUAUAAAUUUUAAGACUUUAGGGUUUAAUAAGAAGGAAUAUUUCCACUAUUUGGAUAUGAAAAAAUGUGUAAGUGAUGAAGUAGCUGAAUUUUUAAAGUUUCUUCAGAAUGCUGCAAAGAGUUGCAGUCAGGAUUAUGAUACACUCUCAGAAGAAGCACUUCGAUUCACAAAGAAAUUUUUAAGUGCUUCAAUUGAACAAGUGAAAAAGUAUCCGGAAAUCUACUCACUCCAUGAAAUCACUAGCUUAAUGGGAUUCCUCCCAACUAGAACAGAGAUGGGAUUAAAAUUGGAGAAAACUGUCCUUGCAUUGGGUAAUGUAAGAUUUGCCAAAUUAUCCUUUCCCUUGAUGCCUGCUGAGUUGCAACUCUCCAUAGAUAACAAAUCUACAUCAACUAUUGAAACACCAGAGCAGAAAGCUGCUGCAAUGCAUAAUGAUAUUAGUACAGAUCCCAAUGCAGAAAAGCUUGUAUUGAGAUAUCAUCCUCAGAUAGCUCUCACUAGUCGAUCAUUAUUUACCUUGUUGAAUAAUCAUGCACCUAAUUACAAGGAACAAUGGGAAAUUCCAGUGUGUGUGAAGCUCAUACCUGUUACAGGUUCCAAGCCAAUGAAAGUAAUUUAUAUUGACUCGCCUCUUCCCAAAAAAGAAAUGACAGUGAGAGAGAGAAAUCAAAUCUUUCAUGAAGUUCCAUUGGAUUUUUUGACAACCAAAAACUCAGCAAUUCCUGUCUCUGCUGUAUUUAUGGACAAACUGGAAGAGAAUAUAUUUCAAUGGGAUGUGCCUUCUGAUAUUAAGCAGUCCCGAAGAAUUGAGACUUUUGAUGAUUUGGAUCUGGGUUUUGAUGAGGAUGUAACAGAAUUAGAAACUUUUGGAGUAACAGCUAAUAAAUCUUUAAAAACUUUGAAUACAUCAAGCCUCCUUCCUAUAUCAUCUCCUGAGGCAACUCUUCCCACAACAUCUAAUACAGCAACUAUUCUCUCUAGUCCUAUAAAUUUAUCAAAGAUUCUGACUGAACAAUUGAAAAAGGAGAAACAACUUAUGACCAGUGUAAACAGUGGGCCAGAAGAGCUGAAAAUUAAAGAUAAUCAGGAAUUUUCAUUAUGUGACAAUCUUCUAGAUCCUAAAAAAAUACAGUUUUAUUCAUGUGGUAGUGAGUCAAAGCAGUCAGAAUGUGAUUCCUCCUCAUUCAAAGAUUUUGAAAAAGAAAAAAUUGAGGUCAGUGAAGAAAAUGAUACAACUACAGAUGAAGAAUGUGGUGCUAUUAAACUAAAUGUUUUGGAGAAAACAAAUACUUUUAAAGAAAGAAUUGAUAUAUCAGAAGCAAAUAAGACUCAAAAUGUUUCUUGUAAUAGUGAUACAGAUGAAGACCGUUUAAUUAUUGACAUAGAAUGUAAAAAUCAUGAUAAUGGGAAGCAAGAGGUUAUUACCCUUAAUUCAAGUCCUCUACAAGAUACUUUAAGGAUGCCUAUGCCUUCUUCAGAAAACUUAGCUGAAGCUACUUGUAAUCAUGAGCAGAAAAAAUGUGCUACAAAAAAGUCUGGCAAAAGAUUAUAUAAGAAAUUUGAUCCAGUUGGACAGAUUUUAAAAAUGCAAAAUGAACUUUUAAAACCAACUUCAAAAAAAGUGCCUGAGCAGACCCUUGUGAAUUUGGAAAAUUCUAGGCACCACCUUAUAGCCCUUGCUCCAGAGCAAUCAACCACUGUUACCGAUACCCCUAAGUCUAAAUGUUCUUCAAUAUUUCACAAGCCAAAAGAACGAUUGCUACCACACAGCCUCCAGAUGUUUGUUGAAAACAAAUCAGAAUACAUAACUCCUCAAGAAGGAAAUCUUGUUUAUAAGUUAUUCAACUUUCAAGAUCUCCUGUUACUUGUGCGUUGUAGUGUCCAGAAAGUAGAGACAAGACCGCGUUCCAAAAAACGGAAAAAUGUUAGGAGGCAAUCUCCAGUUUACAUAUUACCAAAAUUAGAGUAUCAAGCCUGCUAUGGUGUUGAAGCUCUUACUGAAAGUGAACUUUGUCGUUUAUGGACUGAGAGUUUACUGCAUUCAAACUGCUUGUUUUAUGUUGGACAUAUUGAUGCAUUUACAUCAAAGCUUUUUAUGCUUGAAGAAAUUCCUAUGAAUGGACUCAAAGAGAAAUUUGCAACUUUCAAUACUCCAAAUGCAUUUAAUGUUCUCCAGCAUAUUCUGAAGAAAAUAAGCAGUUUACAGGAGGGCUCCUAUUUAUUGAGUCAUGCAGCCGAAGACUCUUCACUUUUGAUCUACAAAAACUCUGAUGAAAAAUUUUCUAGAACAGCCUAUAAUUUACAUAAAGCUCAUUGCAGCUUACCCACUGUACCAUCCAGUCUUUCUGUUCCCUGGGUCCCAUUAGAUCCCACUGUCUUGUUACCGUAUCAUAUUCAUCAUGGAAGAAUACCUUGUACUUUCCCACCUAAAUCUCAAGGCCCCUCAAAGCCACAAAAGGUUGGUGGAACAAGAGUGCCUGUUCCUGGCCACAGGAAUUCAAUAACUGUGGAAACAAAGAGCAGUUACUUGCCUGCUCAGCAAGUUGAAAAUGAAGGCGUGGCUCCAAAGAAAAGGAAGCAAAAUAGCCAUAAAAAGUCAAUAUAGUGGAAAAUGAUGAUUCAGAGAGGACAGACAUAGAAAUAGAGACAUUUCAGGGGGAAAAUCUCUCUUAACAGACUUAUUUAUGCUGGCAUUUAGAAUGACUACCAGAGAUUUUCUGGAAGAUGAUCAUCUUAUCACUUUGCUAAAUGUACCUCAGAAUCAUCAGAGAUUCAUACCAAAAAGCAGUUAAUUUUUUAAGUCACUAAAUUUAUUAAACCACAAAGCAAAAGAACCUUUUCAUUCUAUAGAUAUAAUUCAGAGUGCUUUGACAAAAAUAACUUUGACCAUGCAAUAAAUGAAAUGUUGGAAUGGUUAGAUGGAAUUUUCUUCCCAUAACAUUUGCAUUUAGAAAAGUUUCUCACCUUUGCCAUCAUAAGAUAAUGAAAUAAUUUAGAGAAAAGUAGUCAAGUUUUAGCAGGAGAUCUUCCUGAAGGAUUUUAAGUAGAAAAACAUUUGCUUUUCUCAGUAUUUAACAAUGCACAGAAUGGUAGCUUGAUAAAGCAGAAAACCUGGAUUUCCAAUCAAACGAUCUUAAGUUUGAAUUCCAUUUAUCCUCCCUAUUACUUUUGUGACUGUGAGCAAGUCAUUUAGCAAUUUCUUGGCGUCUAUUAUUAUUUGUUAAAUGAUGGGAUUGUAUUUUGUCUUCAAAGAUCCUUUUGAGCUCUAAAUCCUAUAAAUUUAGGAACAUCUUAAAGUAUUUUGUUGAUCACCUCUAAAUUUUUUAAGUUAACCCUGGUAGGACAGUCCUGCCUUUCUAAAAAAUAUUUCUUACUUUAUUUUCAUCAGACUUAGGAUAAUGAACUAGAUGAACCAUGUUGUUACUUAUUUUUUGUUGUUAGGUAUUUAUUUAUUUAUUUUGCAAACUAGCUUUUUUAAUGCUACUUUUUUUUUCAUAAAUCAAGAAUUUGAUCACCAGUGUUGACACUUGGUAAAGCUUUACUACUAAAAUCAAGGAACAUAAUACACUUUUCUUCCCAAGUUACAUUUUCUGACAGUGUACCCUAAGUAUGUACAUUUUCUGGUUCAACAGGUUUGGUGGCUUUAAAAAUUCAGUUCAUUUUUUAUCUUAAUCCCUUGUGAAUGUUGUUGUAAAUUAGCGAUUUCAAACAGAUUAUUGAGGGUUUUUUUUUUACUGCAAUUAUUUGUUGUGACAUUGAUUAUCUGUGACCGCUUUUUAAAGAUGCAAAUUUGAAAGAAGUCAGCAAAUGGGACCAAAUUGGACUGCAUAGAGGGUCUAUUUACAUUUUUUAUUUCUAUUACCUAAAGCAUAUUAAACUCAUCUUCAGGAAUACUUUUGUGUCAUUUGUAAGAUAAAAGUUUUGUAUUUUAAUAUGUUCACAUUAUGUAUAUGUUUUGUUACACAUUAAAAAUUCAACUAAAAUUAACUUUCACAUAAACUGGUUUAUUUCAAUUUACAAACCAUUUUAACUAAUUUAAAUAAUCAUUCAAAAUUUAUUUUUUUAGUGUAUCAUUUCCUCAUCCUGCUUUCCUUCUAUUAUUAAGCUAUCUUUGAAAGGGUUUUUUUCUGAGCCUUGUAACUUCACUUCUUGAUCAUUCUCUAGAAAUAUUUCAUUUGUGAGUCAUAUGUAAGUUUACUAAGGGUGGGGAAAGGAAUUUCAUGGAAUUUUCUCUUUGAGGGAAGCUACAUAGUGUUUCUUUAAUUGUCUGAAUAUCUUAAAGAAAGAGUUUUUCAGUGUUUUUAAGGAUUUAUUUAUAUGAUAAAGUGGCUGUCUUUUAACAUUAUGUUUACUAAAAUUCUUAGAAGGUUUGUAUAUUCUGAAAAUGAAUAUUUUAAAAUUGAAAUAUUUUAACUUUCUAACUAGAAAUAAAACUUGAUUAACAUAUCUCAUAAAUUCACGUGUUAUCACUUGUUGAAGAUAAUAUUUUUUGGUUGUAAAUUAUGUACUCUUAUUGAGAAUUGGUUGUUCCUAUAUUAAGUUGUAUAUUUCUUUUUUGAUAGUCAAAUAUUUGCAUAUGCAACUUCAACUAGAUUAUAAACCCCUUGAGAUUAGAGACUAAAAAAGGUUUUGCAGUUUUUGUUUUAAAUUUGUGUAUCUCUUACUUAUCUCUUACUUAUCUCUUACACAGAGUAGAAUCUUAUCAUAUGUUGAAUUAAAAAUGGAUUGUAAAUAAAUGGAAAUUUUUUUCUGUAAAUUCUUAGGUGAAUUAUAGAAUUAGUAUUUCAAAA